AUGGCCGACGUUGACGACAAAAUUGACGAGACGAAGUCCACGGCCGAAGCCAGAAACGGGCAUCAUGUCGACCUCAACACGACGGCCUCUGUCGACCUGAUAAACGCCUCAGGCCACGUCCAGCAGCUCUCACGCAACUUCAGCUUGGCAGCCCUCGCUGGCGUUGGUCUCACAGUCGGCAAUGUCUGGCCUGCCAUCGGCGGAUCCAUCCUUGUGGCGAUUUUUAACGGCGGCCCGCCUGGAGUAUUGUACGAGUUUCUAGCCGUGUCCGUGUGUUACUGGACCGUUGCCGCCAGCAUUGCGGAGCUGGCAAGCGCCAUCCCGUCGUCGGCGGGCGUCUAUCACUGGGCAUCCGUCACGCCGGGCCGGCGCUGGGGGCGUGGAAUCGGCUUCUUCGCCGGCUGGUGGAACUAUCUCGCCUGGGUUUUGGGGCUGGCGAGCAUGUCCUCCAUCUUUGGCAACACCGUUGUGCAGAUGUACGCCCUGAACCACCCAGACGUGGUUGUGCAGCCAUGGCACGUUUUCGUUGCAUACCUGCUGUCGACAUGGCUCGCGUGUGCCGCGGUUUGCUUAGCCAACAAGGCGCAGCCAGCGCUGGACAAGUUUGGCAUUUUUGCUAUCCUCGGCGGCUUCUUCAUCACGAUCACUAUCGUCGCAGUUAUGCCUGGCCGAGGUGGGAGACCGCCGCAUGCAACAUCGUCGUUUGUCUGGAAGGAGUGGUCGGCAGAUAUCGGGUACCCCGAUGGCUUCGUUUUCCUCGCGGGCAUGCUCAACGGAGCGUAUAGCGUGGGGGCCGUGGACGCGACAACGCACUUGGCGGAGGAGAUUGCCUUGCCACACCGCAACGUGCCCAUUGCUAUCGGCAUGCAGAUGAGUAUUGGCUUCGUUACGGGGUUUUGUUACCUUGUGGCCAUCAUGUACGGCAUCAACGACCUCGACGCCUUAUUCGAGUCACCUUAUCCCAUCGCCGAGAUCUACCGACAAGCCACUGGAUCAGCGGCCGGGGCCACAGGCCUUCUGGCGCUCAUCAUGAUUUGCAUUGGACUCACGAUCAUGGGCCUGUACAUGAUCUGCGGACGGACGCUCUGGGCGCUGGCGCGCGACGGGGCGACGCCGGUGCCAGGGUUUCUGGGCGAGGUCAAUGGCAGGCUGGACAUGCCACUGCGGUCGACGCUGGUGACGGCGGUCCUGGUGACGAUUCUCGGGGCCAUUUAUGUGGGCAGCACAACGGCAUUCAAUGCACUCGUGGGCAGUUUUAUCUUGACGUCGAGCAGCUCCUAUCUGGCUGCGAUCCUGCCGAACCUGCUGACGGGACGAAAGAAUAUUUCAUACGGGCCUUUCCACAUGCGCGGAUGGAUUGGGUUUGCAGUAAAUGGUAUGGCGUCAAGUAUGAAUUAUGCGUCGUUGAUCUGGGGUGGCGUCACCAUCCUGGUGGGUCUCUGGUGGUUCAUCCAUGCUCGAAAGGGAUACCAGGGGCCUCAGACAACAGGAGGCAUUGUCAGUGAGGUGGAGAGGGAGAAGGUGACGACGGCCGAUGUUCGAGCCAGGCUGGGCCGGCCAUGA